AUGCAAAAAGACUUUUCUCAAUUUUUCCACAAGCGAAAGUCUUCUGCGCCAAUUAUCAAUGAUUUCGAAGAAACUAAUAGAAAUAAAAUGCUUAAAGCUGCUCCAAAUGGCAAUAUUUUUAAAUCUCAUUCAAAGAAAGCUACAAUCCCUGAACCCUUUUUCUUUAUGACUGAAAUUAGAAGCUGCAUCAGACUUCUUAAUAGAGAAGAAGAAAUUGUGGAUAGACCGAUCUUUAAAGCAAGAAAAAUACCAAAAUCUCUAUUUGAGCAUUUACAGUGCCAAAAAAUUGAGUUAGAACCCGAAAGCAAAGAACUAAACACAGAUAAUUAUCCCACCCUAAAAGAAAAAAUACUGACAAUAAAUGAUGAAAUAGAUUUAGAAAAUUGCAAUUUUGAUGAAAGUAUUGAUGAAAUUUCGAAAAACAAUUCAAUAAUGCCACUUAAUUCAUCCCAACACACUUUAAGAUAUCAUAAAAAUGAAUCAGAAGCCGAGCUAGAAGAAGAAAAAUAUUAUGAGAACGAUAAAGAAUUUGGCAUGAUUCUUGAUAAAACAGAAAAGCAAGAGAAAGGUGCUUUGAAAACUGUGAAGUUUAAUGAACUGCACGGAUGAGAUGAAAAAUAUGAGCAAUUUACAAAAGAAUUCAUUGAUAAGCUUCUGUCUCUAGAAGGAGCUGCUUAUAGUGAAACUUUUGAUGAAAAAUAA